AUGGCCAAUUCUUGUCUGGUGGAGCGAAAGUCAAACGACAAGGUCUCGGACAGCGCUGCCAAUCUGACCCGCUUACAGAAACUUGCUCUUCCCAGAAAAGUGCUGGUGGAAGCAACUCUGUCGCAGUUUAAACACUGUAUGAAGCCGGAUAUGGUGGAUCGUAUGAAAACGAAGAUCGUACAGCAAGGAGUACUUCUUUCGGGCCCCGUGCGUGUGUCACGAAGGUUGGCCGCCAAGAAAGGCAUCGAUUUGCCGGAAACAACAAUUGAAGAUGAAACGGAACAACUGGCAGUGUCAGACGCGAGUUGCAGCGAUGAAGACACGGACGCUGAAGAUAAAAAGCAACAAAAAGCACAGCGUAAGACCAACGUUCGUGUUACCGCCAAACGAGUACGCAGAAGAAGUCCCGACGCAGAUGAACCAAUAAAGUUGACCACCUUCACGGUAGAGCAACUUUAUCGCAGAUACCGACCGGAUUUAUUAUCGCAUCCCUCUAAACCGAGCACAUCGAAGGAAGCUACGAAAGUCGCCAAAGUCCCCGCCAAAGAUGGCGACGAGUCAGAGAGUAGCGGCGAUGACUAUCUGGUCGAUCCAAGUAAGCUCGACCUAAGCUCUGACUUUUUCCGAUCGACGGCACAGGAAAAGGAAGAACGUCAAGCGGUGGACCUCUUCUUUGACUGCAAUGCAGGGAUUGAGUUAACCGAUUCAGAAAAUGAGUCCGACAGUGGCGAUGUGACGGGUCCACAAUCAAGCACCGGCGCCAAUUCACCACCUGAAAAUCAAAUUAUGGGAACGGACGUUGAAUUGGGCCUGAAAUUGAUGCAACAAAUUAGCCAGUCAACCGAGGUCCACGCUCAGGCGCUGCGACUAGCCGAACCACUGCCCUCUUGUUCUUCAAAACCUUCCAUUUCCAGUGUAACAUUGAAAUCGGGUGACAAAUGUAGUUUGAAUACGGCUCCUUCAAAGGAGGACCACCGGGAGGUUGUUGCAAGUAUUUUGCACACGGGCGAACGUUUGGCGAAGCAGUGCGGCAAGUCGUCGCUAACUGCCGGCAUCGGUAGAACCGAUUUCGUGGCUGUGCCAACGAUCGAUCAAAGUGCGAAGGCAAAAGAUAUCGAAAUAACGUUAAAAGCUUCAGUGACCACCGACAGUAAAGGCAAGAAACGCACGUUCGAUGCACUGUCGGCCCUUAAACGUUUCAUGAACCGCGAAAAGCGCGAAGCUCAAAUCAAUCUGCACAAAGUUUCGCUCCUAUGCUGGAUCGGUCACGGUACUUACGUCAAUAAUGAACUGCGUAAACCUUCAUUGAUACGCCUAAUGCAACGCAAACUACUCCCAGGGGCGAGAAGCAAUGCGACACGCCCGAACGGCCUUACCAAUCUGCGGUACUUUCAGGAACUGACACGCUUCUACAGGCGCACGAUCACACUAAAAGAUACCACGAUGUUCUACCGGCGGAAGAAGCACCCAAACUUGGGCCCAUUUCUAAUCUUUGCCAUCUCCAGGCGGAUGGCGUACUGCAAGCGCGACUACAUUCUUCUGUUUGCGCUGCUGCUCCGAUCGCUGGGUGUUUACUGUCGGCUCGUCAUUUCCGCCACCGUUCCACCGAAGCAAGUCCCCCCUGAUCAGCUAUACAAAAUGGUUCCCCAGACUGCGCGGGAAUUGGCGAUGGAACGAGAGCUACUGCACGACUUUCGCCAAGCACCACAGGAAAGCAUGGUGUACGUGGCGAAGCAGAAACUCCUGGCACAGAUCGCGAAACAGCGCGAGCGAACGGUGAAGAGCGAUAGUGUCAGGAAGCGGAAAGGAUUCGUGGAUGGGUUCACCAUACCCCAGCUGGACGGUGGCGCGGACGAUGUCGGGAACAGAUUAGGGGGAAAGAAGAUGAAGCUAAUGGAGACCUCUUUUCUAACGUUGGGAAGCAAUCGGCCCAAGGCAGGCACGUCGCAUGCCUCCGAAUCGAAGGAUCCGGCUGGUGAGGCGCAACGAAGAAGACAACGCAUCUUGGCCGCCUAUCGAGCCCGGGCGGCCCGUUUCACGAGCAAGAGCAACCAGACGAGGGCACGGAAUGGCGGAGAUUGUAAGAUAAAAGCGAACCAAAAAGGAAAACUCGGUGUGGACUACUGGGUGGAAGUGUUCUGCGAGCACGAGGACAAGUGGGUCACGAUAGACGUGCUGAACGGUAGCGUGCACCGACUGGAGGACGUUGUGAAACAAGCAACCCAACCGAUCGCGUAUGUGCUGGCAUGGCACAACGAUGGCACAAUAAAGGACGUCUCACCCCGAUACAUCUCACGCUUUGGGAGUAAAAAGAGUAAACUUCGCGUCAACGAUGCUUGGCUCGAGGAGGCCCUCGGUCCGUAUCGGGGCACGCGUAAUAAGCGUGACAUAAUCGAGGACAUCAAGUUUGAGCGCUUGCUAAACAAACGGCCGUUUCCGGAGCAGAUUGGCGAGUAUCGGAACCACCCGAAAUACGCCAUCGAGCGUUUUCUACGGCGUAACGAAGCGAUCUAUCCACCCGAUGCACCGAUCGUGGGUCGCAUUCGGGAGGAGGCGAUUUAUCUGCGCAAUUGCAUUUACACGCUCUACUCCCGCGACGGAUGGUUACGUCAGGCCAAGACGGUCCGCUUAUACGAAGAACCGUACAAGGCGGUGAAGGCAAAGCACGAUCGGUUUAAGGGGACGGCCACGGUGGGCGACCAAAUGGUGGAGUUGUUCGGUGAGUGGCAGGUGCAAGACUACGAGCCGCCGGUGGCCAAGGAUGGGCUCGUGCCGCGCACUGCGUACGGUAACGUGGACCUUUUCAAGCCCUGCAUGCUUCCCAAGGGCACGGUGCAUCUACAACUUCCCGGGCUGAAUCGGAUCUGCCGGCGGUUGCGUGUGGACUGCGCACAGGCCAUUACCGGGUUCGAGUACCGGAAGGGUGGAUGUCAGGCGGUGUACGAUGGGUUCGUGGUGUGUGAAGAGUUCCGCGAACAGGUCGUCGACGAAUGGUACCAGGAGCAGAUGGUGCUGGCAGAGAAGGAGCAGGAACGACGCCGGAAGCGUAUCUACGCCAACUGGAGGCGACUGAUCGUGGGGAUUAGAAUACGCAAGAAGCUAAAAGAUCGAUACAACUUCGAUAACAUGUGA